UAACCUUCAGAUGGGAGUAGACCAAGUAAAUUAUAUUAGUUUUAUUUCGAGUCGUAUUAUGUCUCUUUUUUGUUCUUUAAUUUGUUUGUAACAUAUAAAUAGAUACUGGCAGCCACAUAAAAAUAAAUCGCAAAUACCUCAGCGGAUUGCACCUGAUCGCAACACAACGUGGAACUGAAUAAGAUCUGAUAGUGGUGUUUUAACAGAUACCUCACAACAUACAUGCAAUGGAGGCUAAUAAAAUUGAAGAGACAGCUGUGGAAGUUAAGAUUUUCGAAGAUAGUGAGAACAAUCAAAAUCACGAUGCUUUCAUUUGCGAAGAAAGCCGUUGUCCGCAGCAAGAGAAUCAAAAUUGGGAAACACCGUGUAUAAAAUCGGAAUUAGAUCAUAGUACCACAUCGAUUAGUCACACUGGCACGCUUGAUAAUAAUCAUUAUAGCGAACUAAUGAAGGAAGAAAAGAUGUGCGUCGACAAUAAAGACGCUUUAUACAAUGGUUCAUGUAAUCAGGAAUCAGGGGAAUCUGUAGAAUACAAUAUGGAUGUAAAUACUACCGAUGAGUUGCGGCAGUUUGACGUGCUCGAUGAUCUAGAUCGUCACUCUGAACAAAAUUGUUCAGAUGUUGACUCAGAUACGGAUGAGAACAUGGAUUCUGACGUGCCAGAUGAAGAAAUUGAAGCUAUGUUAGAAGAAAGUCUGCCAGAGGAAUUUAAAGGAAAGAGGAAAAACAGAAAGGAUAAUACGCCCUAUGAGGAGAAAGAGAAACUUGUCUUGGAUGAAAUUGGACAUAAUCAUUUUGACGUUCUCCCCGAGGGUUGGGUACAAGUAACGCACAAUAGUGGAAUGCCACUGUACCUCCAUAAACAAAGCAGGGUUUGUACUCUAGCGAAACCGUAUUUUCUCGGUCCCGGAAGUGUUAGAAAGCACGAGGUUCCUGUAAGUGGCUUACCUUGUCUUCAAUAUAAACGAGCGUUAAUAGAGGAGGAAGAAGAACGGAAGAAAGAAAUGGAGCGUGCGCCGAACGCCGAAACUUACAGUCUUCCUAGCGCAAAAAUUGAAACCAUACAGGAGAAUCGCGCGGCGCAUUCAUUAGACAGCGAACAAUUAAGGAACUAUUGUCAAUCAUUGUUUCGCUUCAAAGCUAUUAAAGUAAUGAGAUUCCAGUCUUGGUCAGCGCGUCGGAAAUUUACGAAAAACAAAAGGCAUCGGAAACAGCUUGAACGUCCAACCUUGCCAGAUGGCACGAAAUUAAUAACUUUCCCUGUCAAUAGCUCCUGCAGCGUAACUGGUGGCGGUAAUGCUGUCGGAGACGAUAAUGGUCAAAGACCCCCGAAACAUUGGAUAAUGAACCCAUCAGGCAAAAGCUACGUUUGUAUCCUUCACGAAUACGUGCAACAUGCCCUCAAGAAACAACCAACGUAUAAGUUUAAAGAAUUAGAAAAUGCAGCGACUCCGUAUUCAGCGGUGGUUUGCAUCAACGACAUGGAAUAUGGCAGCGGGUUUGGCAGCAGUAAGAAACAAGCAAAAGCUAACGCAGCACGGAAGACUCUCGAAAUCUUGAUUCCUCAGAUGAGAGAUAAGAUCUCCGGCGACAAUGACGGGGAUAACGGGUCGAGUAACGCUAGUCGCACGAUAAAAGCGUCUCGAAGAAAUUCGGACGCGGAUCUAUCAUUUUUUGACGAAAUAUCCAUCACGGAUCCACGAGUCGCGGAAUUCUGCGCGAAAACCACAGAACCAUCGCCACAUGCUAUCUUGAUAACUUGCCUUCAAAGAAAUUACGGCUUGGGAGAUAUGCACAUUAAUUAUUCGGUAAACACGCUCAAACAUCAGAGAAAUGAGUUUACGAUGAGAGUUGGGAAACACGAGGCCACUGUUGUUUGCCGUAAUAAGAAAGACGGUAAGCAACGAGCAGCACAAGCAAUACUGCAACUUAUGCAUCCACACAUACAGUCUUGGGGUUCGUUGUUACGGCUUUAUGGAUCGCGAAGUGUGAAAUCUUUUAAGGAAAAGAAAGAGUUGGAGCAACAAAUUACUCUUCUGCAGGGUAAAGCUGCUGUUAAUCAGCCAAAUCACGCUAUCUUGGGUAAACUUAGGCAGGAGAUGCGAAAAUUGGCUGAACAACAUAAAGCCAUACAACCUAUUGGUAAAUUUGUAGCACCAGAUUUACCAACAGGAUCCGCAGCUAAUUUGAAUAAUGUGGAUUUAUAAGAAAAGAUAAGACUAGUCAAUAUACAUACUCCAAAAACUUAAAAAAUUUAAUUACUAGAGAAAAUGUUUUAUAGAGUGUAUGAAGAAUUUUAUAGAGUGUAUGUAAAAUUGCCUUUUAAAAAUCAAGAGGCAAGUAAGUUAACAAGUUUUGCUUAUAUGAAAUCUGAAUAUAUGUAAUGAAAAUGUUUGUAUAUAUAUGUUUAUAUAGUCAUGACUAUGAACGUAUUAUCGAUUAUAGUUGGUAUAAUUAUGAUCAUAAUUAUUGAGUAUCAAGGAAUUAUGAUUUUUCUGUAAUUAUUUUUAUG